AUGUUUCGCGCAGUACAGUCACCACUCGACGAUGCAGUUGUCAAGGCCACCGACGAGAACCUCACCAGCGAGAACUGGGAAUUCAUUCUCGAUGUGUGCGACCGCGUAUCCGCCGACAAUGCGGGCCCCGCGCAGGCUGUAUCGUCUAUCAUCAAGCGGCUCGCCCAUCGCAACGCCAACGUGCAGCUAUAUACUCUCGAACUUGCCAACGCAUUAUCGCAAAACUGCGGCAUCGUACUCCACCGCGAGCUCGCUUCAAAGGCAUUCACCGAUGCUCUACUGCGUCUAGCAGCAGACCGCAACACGCAUGCGCAGGUGAAACAGAAAGUGCUCGAGCGCAUGAGCACUUGGGCCGAUGAGUUCCGCAACUCACCCGAGCUGGGCAUCAUGGAGACGGCCUACCAAAAGCUAAGGAUGCAGCAGCCCGGACUCGUCGCGCCGAGCAAGCCGGUCAAGCGUGAGAUUAGCAGUGAUGAUCGGCGGAAGGAGGACGAGGAGUUGCAGUUGGCGUUGGCGUUGAGCAUCAAAGACAAGGGCGUGGCAUCGCCUUCUGCAAAUGGAACAGCAACUAGUACGAAGGAGCAGCAGGAGCAACAAACCACACAGGUUCAGCCGCCAGCACCGCAAGGCACGACUGCUGCAACUGUGAGCCGGGUGCGAGCACUUUACGACUUUACCCCGUCCGAGCCAGGCGAGCUCGCUUUCAGGAAAAACGACAUUAUUGCGGUGCUGGAAUCCGUUUUCAAGGACUGGUGGAAGGGGAGCUUGAGAGGACAAACAGGCAUUUUCCCACUAAACUACGUGGAGAAGUUGCAAGACCCCACAAAGGACGAGUUGGAGCGUGAUGCUCAGAUGGAGUCCGAARUAUUUGGUGAAAUCAAGAACGUUGAAAAGUUGCUCGCCCUGCUCAGCGUAGGUGGAGAGGCUGGUGGCCGACGAGGCGAGCGUGAGGAGGAGGAGAUCAGCGAGCUGUAUCAGCGCACGUUGAGUAUAAGGCCAAAGCUAAUUGAGUUGAUUGCGAGGUAUUCGCAGAAGAAAGAUGACUUUACCCAGUUGAACGAGAAGUUCAUCAAGGCACGUCGGGACUAUGAAGCUCUGCUUGAAUCCUCAAUGUCGCAGCCGCAGYAUCAGCAGCACCAGUAUCCUGUUCGAGCGAGACCGCAGCCACCAUAUCAACACCAACAACCUCCAUACGGUGGUCCACAGCAGCAGCCGGUGCCGCCACAAGGCUAUCCUCCUCAAGGUCCUCCCACUCAAUCCUAUCAGCAGCCGCAAUCUUUCUCACAGCAAGGGCAUCAACACCAUCCGCCUCAGCAAGAUCCGCAAAGGUUCUUUUCGCCGGUGCCUACGGACGUCAGCCAAUAUCCACAGCACAAUGCUCCGCAUCCUCCGCAAGGGAAUGGUGCGGCACCGUUCCACUUUAUCCCCGGUGGUAUGGGUCCUCCACCCGCCACCGACGUGCGAAGAAAGCCCAGUCCUAAUGGUCCGCCUGGCCCUCAAGACUCCUUCAAUUCUGCACAGGCCUUCCAAGGCCAGAUCAGACCCAACAGUAUUCACACACUUAACAGCGGUAACCCUCAGGAGCUCGCGACAAGUGGUUACGAAUCACCCAUCGACAACAGACAGUCAUAUCCUCCGGCGCAAGCGCAACAGCUCGUCCAGGACCAAGUGUACAACGCAUAUCUACCACAGCAACCACAACAAACCUCCYCCUCACAAGUCCAACAAACGCCAACGCAAACAAGGAACGAUCGAGACGGGCUUCCCAGCAGACAAAGAACAGAAAACAGCAUUGAAUCGCCUUCAGGUCAAGUACAUCCCCCGGCACAGAYUCCGCAGCAGCCAAGUGCGCCUCCGCCAGGUGUCCCCGCUGACCCCGGCCUACCUCUACCUGUUGGAGGCCAAGCACCGUACCAGGCCUAUCAAGCCUACCAGCAGCCACAACCUCCACAAUCACAACCUCCACAACAACGAACCCCACAACAACUUACACAGCAGACGGCUGUUACUGGAGAUACCGGGGAAGAUCCGGGCGCCUUUUAUCGGUGA